GGUAAAUUCAGUGGAGACUGAGUAAGUUAAUAAUCAACCUCAUCUCAGGCAGCCUAUAUAGUUUACUAGCUCUCUGUCCUGUGGUGUCUUUUCAAGGGAAGAGGGGACUCAAGCGGCCGGCCAGCUCACUACCAACAUCUUGAAGGUCUCAAGACAGAAACAAACAACAUCAUGAAGCUAAUGCUAACCUUUCUGUUCGUUCUUGUGGCUUCUUGGCCCUUGGUCCUCUGCACCAAGGAGGAGUCCAUGUCCAAAGACUCUCCCCUCCCUCAGGUUCCCGCCGUCGAAACCCGCUCCCGCUUCGCCGCUCUGGACGACGUGCGUCUCCUGGCCAACGGUCUCCUCCAGCUCGGCCAAAGCCUCAGGGACUUCGUCCAUAAGACCAAGGGCCAGAUCAACGACAUCUUCCAGAAACUCAACAUCUUCGACAGCUCCUUCAACCAGCUGUCUGUGCUGGCCAGCGAGAUCAAGGAGGAAGAGGAGGAGCUGAAGCAGACCACUGUGGUGCUCAAGGCCAACAACGAGGAGAUACGGAACCUGUCACUGGAGAUCAAUUCCAAGGUGGAGAGCAUCCUGCAGGAGCGUAGCCAGCUUCAGAGCAAGGUGGGAGGGCUGGAGGAGAAACUGAGCGGCCUGUCUCAGGGACUGGUGCCUGCUGAGCAGCUGGCUGAGAUCGACUCACUGAAGGUGAGCCACUCCAACCUGACCUUAACCCAUGGGGGGAAAUGCUGUUUUGAGUUGAACAUAGUGUUAAAGCUGAUUAAGAUUCUCCCAAAACUCACUGCAAUGUCCAUGUAGAAUACUGGUGUGGUAAGAUACCAAAAACAAGGUAAGGUUUAUGGGGACAUUUUACAAGGUUUUCAGACACUUCAACAAACCUCAAGAAGAUACGCUGACCAAAGUCACCUUUGGUUCUAGGGAUUAGUCUACUCCAUUUUUAGAAGAGUAACACCACUAUAGUACCAGAUAGAACUUUUGAACCCUAGAAGGAUAAAUAGUAAUGUCUGGUGAAAUGACCCAUCCCUGUCCCAUCGUGUGUCCCUCAGGAUGUGAUCCACACCCAGGAGAGGAGUAUCAGUGAGCUGCUGAAGGCUGUGAGAGAGCAGAGCGACCAGCUCGACCACCAGAGGAGCAAGAUGAAAUCUCUGGAGAUGAAGGUAGUUACAGUUAUUGUACAACAAAUUAUGUAGCUUGAGCCUUACAGUUCCAUGACUACAUUUUUAUGUUCAAUCCAUUAUAAUAAUGAUCAUUAAUUGGAUUCAUAUAUCACCAGAUGCUCAAAGCGCUUUGGGUGAAUCUCACCUCAUCCACUUUGAUUAUUCAGCAGGUUGACGUUUAUUUUGUCAUGAAUCUUGCCCUUGAGGCAGAACCGAGCGAUUUCCGCUAGAUGGGCCAGCUGCAAAGUUAAAAUUGGCAAUAGUGUAAAAAAAUAAUAUUUGCAGUUAGGUUUAAAAUAUUAUUAGCAGAGCUUCAUGUGUAUGCUUCAAACCUAUAAAACAACUAUUGUGCAGAGUGCCAGAAAUGACUGCUUGUGUCAUAACAACACUAUUCCUUCACAUUUUUAGCUCACCUACAACCCUUUCAUGCAAGAGACCUUUGAGAAACAAUCUGACAACUUCCAGUCUGUCACGCCCACCCUCGCUGGGUAUCUGACCAACACCUCCACCAAUGGCAGCUUGGACAUGACGGGUAAAGUGGCUUAAAAGGAUCAUGAUAAUUUGUUUAUUUUAUAUUCCCAUUAGCCGCUACUCUUUCAGGGUCCCUACAAAACACAAUGUUUGAGGAACAACAGGUUUCAGCAAUCACUGCAACGUGCUGUUGAUUGACUGUAUAUAUGGUUGUGUCACAGAUCUCUCAUCAGACUGCAGUGAGCUAUUCAACAGGGGGGAGAGAGCCAGUGGAGUGUACGCCAUCAAGCCUAACCAAUCUGAGCCCUUCAUGGUCUACUGUGACAUGGGUGAAGGUAAGACAGACAACGAGUAGCGCCAACGAUCCCAAUGCUCCCACUGGAGGCUGCUGAGGGGAGGACGGCUCAUAAUAAUGGCUGGAAUGGAGUGUAAUGGAGGGAAUGGAGUGAAUGGAAUGGUAUCAAACACAUUCCAUUUACUCCAUUCCAGCCAUUAGUAUGAGCCGUUCUCCCCUCAGCAGCCUCCACUGGACUGGACUGAAACAUUGUUUACUAAUGUAUUUCCUCUUUCCUUUCUGCAGAUGGAGGGGCUGCUAUCAUCCAGAGAAGGAAGGAUGGGUCAGUGAAUUUCGAUCAGAAUUGGGAGAAUUAUGAAAACGGAUUUGGAGACUUUCAAGGUGAGUGAUCGAGUUGUGAGGUGCAAUGUGUACUUCCCAUGACCAGCGCACCAGACCAAUCACCUCACAUGCCUGGUUAUGUGUGUACAGCUUCAGCACUGAACCUUUUUGAUUGGUCUGCGUCACAGGGGAGUUCUGGCUGGGCCUGAGGAAGAUCCACUCCCUCGCUAGUCAAGGUGAAUCUUUCCUGAACAUCCAACUGGAGGACUGGAAAAAGGGAAAACGCUUCAUCGAGUACAACUUCUCUCUGGAUGGACCCGAGGCCCACUAUAGAAUCCACCUCUCACAGGCGUCCGGAAAUCUGCCUGACGCAAUGAGCAACCACACCGGUGUGAAGUUCUCCACCAAGGACAGGGACAAUGACAACCUUGAAGACUCACACUGUGCCUACACCUACACAGGUAAAGUAGUGGGGAGUGGGUAGGAUGUUAUGGAUGCAUGGUUUAUCGUAGGGCUCAAGUACAGGGUUUGUUUGAAUGAAAUUCUUUAUUGACAGGGUUUAAUCUAAUUUAUGAAGCAUUCGAUUUAAUGGAACAUUAGAUUGAAUGGAGUUUGCUGUUUUUUACACCAGCAUCCAGUUCAACUAAUCCGAUGGGUUUUCGCAGGUGGCUGGUGGUUCAACGCUUGCGGAGACACCAAUCUGAACGGGAAAUACAUCCACGUGAGACCCAAGGGACGGUCAGAGCGUAGGAGGGGAAUUCAUUGGAUGCCAACCCGAGGGGCCUCCUACUCCCUCCGAUCCACCCAGAUCUCCAUUCGCUCCACCCCUGCCGCUACCUCCACUUCAACCUCCUCAGAGACAGGCAACUUCAGCUCAGAACAAACACAAGACAUUUACCUAUGGACAGAAACAAGACAUUGACCAACCUUUGGCGAAAAUAUGUGAUAAGGCCCUGACAACAAGGCUUUAAGGAGAUUUAGGAUGUCAGUUUAGUGAGUCUCUUCUGUCGACUGCAUAGUCGGACCAAGUUGAUUGAAUAGGACUCUGAAUCUGUGUCUCUAAACCACAGUUUGCCUUAUAGCUAGUGUAAAAAGGAAUCGCUUCUCCUCUUCAGCAUUAAAGUCUUUGGGAUACAAGGAACCAAAUGAAUUGUCUAACAUUUAUCAGUUUAGCGUUCUAAUUUUGGGGUGAAAUUAAUCGAUAACAUCCUCAUAUUGUUACAUGCAUUUGAGGAAUCCUCUAUGUAACUGUAUUUCACACUGUAAACUAUGAAUUAAUGGUGGACAGUAUU